GAACUGAGCAAGACCCCGGCCCGGUCGACUGAGCUGAUCAGCCUGCCCAGGCCAUGUGCAGCCCCAACAUGGCACGUUCUCCCUCGCUCCUCUGCGUACACACAGAAACCUCUCCUCCCUCCCCUCUCGCAGCUAGCGUGCCGGCCUGCCGGUGCCCUUCUGCCCAUCUGGCUUAUAAAUAGGCCCACACGGCACCACGGCCACCACCACCACCCACCAGUCCACCACCACUGCUCGCACUCACUCCACCGCUGCCCACUUCUUGUUUGUAUUGUAUCCAGACUCCAGAGGAAGCCGAGAGGGCCAAUGAGGCAAGGCAUGAGCUCCCCUUCCGCCGCCGCGGCGCUCGUGCUCCUCCUGGCCCUGCUCGCCGGAGGCCAGUGCCGAGAGGCCCAGCUCGACGCCGCGGACGCCGGCACCGGCACGGAGAACUACACCGCCAGCGACGCCGCCGUGUACUGGGGCCCCUGGCAGAGGGCCCGGGCCACCUGGUACGGCCAGCCCAACGGCGCCGGCCCCGACGACAACGGUGGCGCGUGCGGAUUCAAGCACACCAACCAGUACCCCUUCAUGUCCAUGGGCUCCUGCGGCAACCAGCCAUUGUUCAAGGACGGCAAGGGCUGCGGCUCCUGCUACAAGAUUCGGUGCAGGAAGGACCCGUCCUGCUCCGGGCGGACGGAGACGGUGAUCAUCACCGACAUGAACUACUACCCGGUGUCCAAGUACCACUUCGACCUCAGCGGCACUGCGUUCGGCAGGCUGGCCAAGCCCGGCCUCAACGACAAGCUCCGCCACUCCGGCAUCAUCGACAUCGAGUUCACCAGGGUGCCGUGCGAGUUCCCGGGCCUGAAGAUCGGGUUCCACGUGGAGGAGUACUCGAACCCCGUCUACUUCGCGGUGCUGGUGGAGUACGAGGACGGCGACGGCGACGUGGUGCAGGUGGACCUGAUGGAGUCCAAGACGGCGCGCGGCCCGCCGACGGGGCGGUGGACGCCGAUGCGCGAGUCCUGGGGCUCCGUCUGGCGCAUGGACACCAACCACCGCAUGCAGCCGCCCUUCUCCAUCCGCAUCCGCAACGAGUCCGGCAAGACGCUCGUCGCCAACAACGUCAUCCCGGCCAACUGGCGCCCCAACACCUUCUACCGCUCCUUCGUCCAGUACAGCUAACCGAUCGGGAUCCGUGCCCUGCCCGCAAUUGGAGCUGGCUGGCUGGGGCGCUACUCGGCUCGGUCACCAUCGUCUACAGUACUAUACUAUGCUCUACUACCACUAGACUGCUGCUGUUACUACUAGUCUACUACCACCAAGUACGGCGGAACGGAACAGCUAGUCGUCGUCGGCGGCCUUGGGAGGGGAGGUGUCUCCGGUCACCGUGCCGUUGCAGUUGUAUCGUGAUCAUGGUCCUGGGAGUUGUUGCAUCCGGGGCGCGCUUUUUAGGUCAGGCGUCGUGUGCGAUGUUUGUGGGGUCAGGCUGGCAUGUCAUGCCGUGCGUGACCCUGAUUGCGAGCCGGCAAGCAAGAAGACAAAAAAACUAAAGCCGUGUGGGAAAAUGGAGGAGGCAGGCGUACAAGCUACGCUCUCCCGCCCACUGUUGCUUUUAUAAUUUAUCAUCAUCAUCAUCUUCAUUCCGAUCGGUGAUUAAUCGAAAAGUAUAUUGUAAUGUAUAAACGCCAUUUUCCUUUCGUCA